AUGGCGGGAACAACAACAGGCGUAGCAGUAGCAGCAGUAACCGUCUCCUCCGUCACCAGGCAGCUGGCGACUUCCUCAAGAUUGGCAGUGUUGCUGAAUCAAAACAAGAUCAGAGAUAGCAAGGGGGAGAGUACUUCUGGACAGGUCUUCUGA